AAAUGCAAUUUAUCUAUUGUCGAGCGCACGUGGCGCGUGAGCGCAUGCGCGGCGUAUGUGUUUGGGAAAUUUCUAUUUGGCAUAUUGUAUCUUCUGUAAUCUAGGAUCUUGAUUGCUUUAGAAAGGUACUUAUAAAAGAAAAGAACAGUCUUAAAUACAUGACUAAAGCAAUCAUCUUCUUAUACCUACAUCUAAUAGUGUCAAAUACAAAUCAGAAUCUCCAUAUCAUAUACCCGCGCCGCGCAUGCGCUCACGCGCCACGUGCGCUCGACAACGGAAGAAUUGCAUUUUAUUGGUUUUUUACAAUAUCUAUCGCAUUUUAUCAAUUUUUAACGAUGGUGCAAUUAGAUUCGAGUAGCGUGCAGUUUAUUUAUGUUUAAAAAAAUGCGAAUUUCCAAGUAUAUAAUCUGAGUUUAACCUUAUAAGUUGCGCGAUCUUGACCUAUUUUUUAUUCGUUAAUUACGGGGGUGCAAUUAAAAUAAUUGUUAUUUUUGGAAGGUGCUAUUAAAAAUACGUGCCUCUAUAUUUUUUUUUAUACCGAUAUUCCAAAUUCGUAGGCUGGGGUAGGGUAGGUUUAUGCCAGCGUCAUGCCCUCACGAUGCUGUCGAUGUGUGCGAAUUCUGGACAAAUUUUUUUUACAGCAUGGCAUGCUGUCUUUAUGCUGUCGUACGAGAUGCUGUCUCUGUGCUAUCGUGUAUGCCGUAGUUGUGCCAUUGUUGUGCUAGUGAUGCCUGUGGUUCUCCAAAUUAUGUGCGAGCGGAUUUUGCCUCUUUUCCGGAGAAUUGUUGAAACUGGGCUGUGUCGUUGCUGUUCAUUCGAGCUGAGGAUAUUUCAUCUCGCAUCCGCUAACGAAGCUUUCCAGAGGCUUUUUCGGAGCAAAGCUGGACCACGAUUAUCCGCUAGAACAGCAAUAAUGUCAAAGGAGCAGUUUAAAGAAGCUGGUGUGGUUCCUGCCAAUGUGGCUAAUGCACGGAUAAUGCAGAAAAUGGUGUCACUCCAGAAUGCAGCUAAUACACUGCACCACUCUGAGGCCUCCAAGAACCUCUACAAAUCAAUGAGCGAGCUCACUUCGUCAUCAGCAGUAGCCACGAAGCAGACAUUCAGCAACGAAGCAACGUUCACACCUAAAAUGCCAGGAAAGAUCAUUCACACAAAAAAUAUUGGGAAAUCACGCACCAAACCAACCAAUUUUAAGAUAUUCACCAACACAACAACCACUCACACCACAACAACCACUCACACAACAAAAACCACUCACACGCCAAAAACCACUCACACAACGACAACCACUCACACAAUAACAACCACUCAUACAACAAAAACCACUUACACAACCCACAAAUCAAUCAAGAUCAAUACAACAUAAGACAUUCACACCAAAAUUUCCACGACUAAAACCUCACAUACGAGAAAAAACACUCACACCAGAACAGCUUCAAUGAACCACAGACAUAAGAAAAAACACUUACACCUAGACAACUACUCACACCAAAACUCCCACGAACACAAAUACACACUCAAGAAAAAUCACUCACACCAGAAUAACUCCCACGAGCACAACCAUACACACCAGAAAAAACCCUCACACCUGGUCAACGCCCACAACCAAGAGAAAAAAAAAGGGAGCAACUUCGACUCAACCAGAGAAUGCUACAGAAUGCUAAGGCAACUGAUCUAUAAGAAGAAACUCACGAUAAAGGAUCUUCCCAAGUCUUUACCGUUCAAGAACACUCAGGAUCUCCUCGAUUUCAACAACGUCUCUGAAGAUGAAUAUCAAGAAGUUGUAAGGCCUUGAGGAUUGCUGUGAAGACCCUACGAGACUUCAAAAUCAUGGUGUAAAAGUUUCAGUAUUGUUCAGAAAGCAAGAAGUGUGCCAAGCUACAGAGCAAGCACGCUGUAAGGGCAUAUUUUUUACCUGUGUACGCCUACGGCUUUCUGAAAAGCUUCUAAAUACACACAGUUUCCACAGUAUUCAUUCUGAGGGCUGCCGUACUAAGUUCUGAGUCUCAAGAAUUCACCUGUUUUUAUAUAAAGCAAAAUUUAAAUAUUUUUAGAUUGAAAAACGGUUUUUUUCUGAUUUGGUGAGUUUUUGAGGAUCAAAACUUAGUACACUAGCCCUCAGGAUAAAUUCUGUGAAAACUUUAUGUAUACAGAGUCUUUACAAAAGGCAGAAGGCAUCACAGUGCAAAAAAAGCCCUCGCGCCGUGACUGCUUGGGGGCUUUGUACUCCUGCUUUCUGAAUGGUAAUGAAACUUCUAAGAGCAUGAUAUUAACGUGUCGUAGGGGCUUUACAACAAAUACCAUUUUACUAGAAGAGACCUUUUUAAAGAAACAUUUGUUUAAACUUUGAAAUAAUUCUUUUUUGUAUUUCAUGAUAUCACUAUAAUUUUUUACAAUUUUUUUC